CCGGGAUAACAUGAUUAAAUAAAUAUUGUCGUACGCAAACGUGCACGUCUUGAACCUCGUCACCUCAGGACUCGGUGCAUAUAUCAUAACAUUUGAAUUAUUUAAUACAUACUCACUCGUAAAACCUGACUGUGACAGUAGUGACAUAAUAUAAUAAUAGUAUAGAUUAUAGAAUGUCUAUCCUGUCACAAGUGACAGACCAAUGAGCACCAACUACUUAACUUAAUCACGACCGUAGAAACGAGAAUAUUUUUUUAAUUAUUUUUUACAGUUUUUGUGCUGUGGAACAGUGGUUACGUUUCAAUCUGUGUUUUAAUAAUUUUUUAAUAGAUAUACAUACGUGACCUACGUCGUCGACACGAUGAUAUUAAAAGUCAUAUCUUCCACCAUUAAGACGGUUUACACGGUGACAUGCUUAAAGAUGAAGGAUGACAAAAAAUUAAGAUUAAUCCCUGGAACACUUAUUGCAUUAGGCGUAUCAUAUAGUACUGUAGCAGCAAAAUCGUUGGCUAUUGACAAAUUCAUGGCAGACACUGUUACAGAUUUACAAACGUUAAACAGUAGACCUGAAGAUAUGAAAACAAUGAUGGAACUUAUGAUUAUGAAUAUACAAGCCGAAUUUUGUCGAGCACUUGAAAAGGAAGAACCGAGAGAAAAAUUCAAAGUAGAUCGAUGGUUAAGACCUGAGGGUGGUGGUGGAGUUACAUGUGUAAUGCAGGAAGGAGAAGUUUUUGAAAAAGCUGGCGUUAAUGUUUCUGUAGUUCAUGGUAAUUUACCUCCCAGAGCAAUCGAUCAGAUGAGAGCUAGAGGUAAAAAUUUUAAAAGCGGUCAAGUACUUCCAUUCUUUGCUGCAGGUGUCAGUGCAGUGAUACAUCCACGCAAUCCCUAUGUGCCUACUAUACAUUUUAAUUAUAGAUACUUUGAAGUCACUUUACCUGAUAAUACAAUAGAGUGGUGGUUCGGUGGAGGUACUGAUUUAACUCCUUAUUAUCUAAAUGAAGAAGAUGCAAUCCAUUUUCAUCGUUCAUUAAAAAAUGCUUGUGAUCAACAUGAUAAAGCAUAUUAUCCUAAAUUUAAACGAUGGUGUGAUGACUAUUUUAAUAUACCACAUAGAGGAGAACGAAGAGGAGUAGGUGGUAUAUUUUUUGACGACUUAGAUACUCCAUCUACAUUCAGUUUUGUAAAGAGUUGUGCACAAGCAGUUAUCCCUUCAUAUAUACCAUUAGUACAAAAGCAUAAAAACGAUUUAUAUAAUGAAAAAGAAAGAGAAUGGCAAUUACUAAGACGAGGACGGUAUGUUGAAUUUAAUUUGAUAUAUGACAGAGGUACAAAAUUCGGUCUCUACACGCCUGGAGCUAGAUAUGAAAGUAUACUUAUGUCACUUCCCUUGACUGCAAAUUGGAAGUAUAUGCACAAUCCAGAUCCUGAAAGUAGAGAAGGAAAAUUAACAGAGGUUCUCAGAAAUCCAAAAGAUUGGAUUAAAAUAGAAUAAAAAAUCUUAGUAAGUUAGAAAACUUCAUUUCAAUUAGUUAAUAUUCUAAAAAAUAUUGUUUUCAAUUUAAUUUUAAAGCAAAUAGAAUCAAUUCAGAGUUUGUCUAUUAAUAAUUAUUAACAGACAGAAAAGUAUUGUUAAAUUUGUUUUUCUGUAUUAUUAUUUCAUGAUUGUAUUUUUAUAUUGUUAUUUUAGUUAAGUUAUGUAUGAUAUUAAAUAUAUAUUAUUGUUAAUAAUGUUGGUAUUUAAAAUUAUUUUUGGUGUAUGGAAAUUUUAUUAAAAUUAUUUUUUUAAGUAUUUAUGUACAACCCUGUAUUUUUUAAGGAUUUAAAACUGGUAUUUAAACCAAAAUAAUAAACCUUCAUUCAGUUUUUACUAUGGAAUUAAUUUAUAUUUUAAAUUGUCAACAUGUGUGUUAAGCUAUUGUUAUUAGUUUAAAUUGAAGCUUUGUAUGAAAAAGGUUGUUUAGGUUUAAUUAUUAUGUUUAAACACAAAUUAAUUUAUGCAUUGAAAACUCAUAUUUAUAUAUGAAACCAAUUAAAUGCGUUAAAACUUGUGUA